CGGUAUGGGGAAGGCCCAGUUGAAUCGUGGACGCUAAAUAUAGACUCAACAACUUUGGCUGAGACGCUCUCAUCGUCAAAACGCGGUGCGAAGACACGUUUCACUGAUGUAAGAAUUCAGUUUUGUUUCUAAUCGUGAUGGUGGUUUUCAAUUACAGUGAUGCCAGCUUGUGUUAAGUUUUAGUGGAUAUCCGUUUUUUGUUUGGAUGACAACAAUACAGAAAUUACGUUAUAACGGGGACUGUGUGUUCAAGCGGAGUACUUCUUGUUUCGGUUUAGAAUAACCAAGCGGACAUUGUCAAACAGAAGUGGAAAUACCAGCCAAAAGAUCCAGAAAUCAACAAAUAUGGAAGAGCCCUGGGCAUACAGACCACAGGCUUGGGACUCCACUGAGCUGAAAGAAUUCCUGAAUGGCGAAGGAGCACAGCUGAUGGAGAAUGACGAGUUUGAGGCCACUGUCCUUUUCGACGGUGACAAUGGUGACAUUGAACAGAAAACCAUAUCCAUCACCAUUGAUCAUGAGCAUAGUUGUAUCAGGACUGGGGAAGAAUGUGUUGCAUUCACACAAAUACGAUAUAUCACAACGAAAACCAGCCUAAUGACAAAAUCCGAUGAAAACAUAGUAACAUUUUCCUACCGUCAAGCAGAGAGUCAUGACAUCAACAAGAAAACAAAAUAUGUUUAUAUGAAAGUCACAAGUGCUGCUCAAACAGGCAAAGUUAUGAACAAGUUCCGUCAACUUCAGUUUACACCGUUGAGAGCGAUACAGGAUGACUCCCACGCAAGCACGAUAUUUGAUGCUUUUAUUCCAUGUUUUGUCGCUCGACUCCAUGUAAAGGUGACUGAUGUGAGAUCAAAGAGCAGCGUUGCAGACGAGGAGUUUGUUGUGGUAUUAGACCAGGAGUGUCUGUGUCUGUUCCUGCAUCCAUACAGUACAGUGCCCGACUACCAGGUGAACUUCUGGAAGGAAGAAGGGGAGAAUGUUGUGGACAAGUGCGCUGUCAUCCAUGCCACGCAGCAAAUGGAGAUUGUGACAGCAUCGUAUAUUUAUCACAUGGAAAAGUGUGCCGUAGUGGACCUGCUGGUGAAAAACAUGGGGAAGAUUAAACCCAAGCCCAGGAACUCUUUUUUUGAUCCAGUAGCCAUGGUGAAGGGCGAACAAGGCUUCCAGGGUUGGCCAAAGAGAAGGUUGGUUACUAAUAACUCAGAUGCUGAUGACCAGAUUCAGUACACACGGGACACAGCUGCUGCAGUCACCGAGUCAAGGCGGAUCUUCCUCCGAAACUUUAAAGACAACCUGGAGUUAGCCUACAGGGAAGGCGAAGCCAACAUGGAGUGGCACGCCAUCUGGGAGCCGAAUGACCUGAUUAUCAGACAGCUGCUGGAGAAUGCCGAACUCCUCUCCAAGAAGGACGCACGUAGUGGAGGUUUGGACCCUGAUUCAAUCGACCAUUUCACUGCCACUACGGAAGACAUCGUGGACAAAAUGUUCUGUCAGGAGUGUGAAGCUGCUUUGUCAUCUCUGAUCAGUCUCCGGGAAAUCUUCAGUGAGUGCAGUUAUCCCGAAAUGGAGGCCAUCUUGUCUGAUGAUGACUACAUGCUGUUGAAGAAGCUGGUGUUCAAGAACCUGUAUGAACAGCCAUUGUAGUGGGGUCAUUCAGUACAAUGUAUGAAUGCCCUAUAUAGUAGGGUCAUACAAGAACCUCUAGGAACACACUCCAUGUUGUAGGAUCCUAUCAACAGCCUAUGCAGUGUGACUUAUGAAAUCAGGCCAAGCCAGAACAAUUAUCUCCCUUACACCUGCUUUAUAUUUUCUUUUCUAUUUGUGUAGUAUCAGUUUAUUACAUGUAGUGUGUACUUCAACCUUUACAAUGUGCCCUUGCGGACCUAUUGUCUCUAAGCCUUCAGUGAAUAUCAAUAAUUGUCAUACUACUUUAAAACUGUAGUUGAUUAUUGACAUGUCUGUUUGUCUGAAGUAUGUCUGUGGUGUGCUUGUUGUCAGCCUGUUUGUCAGUUGUCUUUCUGUUUUUAUGUCUUAUAGCUGAGCAGCAACUGAGAAAGCACUCUUAGUUUCUGUAGAUUCUUACACCGUUAUCAAGCUAGAGUAAUGUUUUUUGGUUUGUUUUUUAACGCCGCGCUCAGCAAUAUUCCAGCUAUAUGAAGGCGGUCUGUAAAUAAACGAGUCUGGUCCUGGCAAUCCAGUGCUUGACAUCAUGAGCAUCGAUCCACGCAACUGGUAUACCAUCAUACUCAUCAUCCAAGUCGAUGCUGACCACCCGAUCCCGUUAGUCACCUCUUACAACAAGCAUGGUCGCCUUUUACGGCAAGCAUGGGUUGCUGAAGACCUAUUCUACCCCAGAUCUUCAUGAAUUACACAAAUUAUGCUCAUUACUGAGAGUAACUAUGUGCUUUGUUAGUGAUAAGAGGUUGAGAAGCAGACCUUACUUCCAACACUUUGCUGGGUCCAGGAUAUUUAUCACAAUAGAAUGGAGAACUGUUUUGUUUUAGACAUUUUCUAUUGACAUUAAAGGUCAAAUGGAUUGGGCAAAAGUUUUCCAACUACGAUGCCAUUUCAAUAAACAUUUAUACAGACAGUGGACAAUAGUGUAAAUAUUAAACAUUGAAUAUUAAUAAAGUGGGAUACUUCAAUGGAAAUAAUAGCAUUAAAGAGUAGCAGGUAGUCCAGGACAAGUAGUGCGAUGGAUAUGCGCAGAUCUCGGCUAACAAAAAUGAAUAAUGUCAUGUCAUUCAUCAAAUGGUUGUGAAGGUUGAGACCUUAACAUAGAGAUAGACUCAAUGACAUACUCCUCAAUAAAUCAGGUGUGAUUUAUGACAUAGGCCAAUUCUUGAGCCUGAGAAUGUAUAAUUUGGCCAUGGUUACCAAGCUUUGACAUGUUUAUUUGUUUGUAAUUAACUUUUAUCUCAUAACUUUUAGAAAAUUCUGGUAUCAACUUGUCACACCCAUCUUUUCAUAAUCUAUGAGCAACACCUGUGUCCAUGUUAGCAUUGAAAAUUUCAUCAUCAUCAUCAUCAUCACCUGCACGUGCACAACAUGCGUACACCCUCUCUACCUGUAACGAGCCAAACAUGUCUGCCCAAAUUCUGUGCACAGUCUACCUGGAUUACAAUAGAUGGUGAUUUACUGUACAAUUUUCUGUUUGAUGCAAUUUUCAUAUCUAUUUUUCUUCUGGCUUACCAGUAAAACAUGUGAUUGUGAACAUCUGACAAUAACAUGAAA